AUGCUUCUCCGUUGCCAGGAGCUACGUAAGCCAAUUGUAGUGUUUCAACGCAAGUACAAGCAACAAGCCAAGACCAAUAAGGAGUUUGCUAGUGGUGACGAUGCAGGUCAACACGACGACCCUGUGCUUGACGCGUUAUCGGACAACGAUUGGCUCAAAGUUGAUGAACUUAUCAAGUUUCUCAAAGUGCCGUACGACCUUUGCAAAGCGUUGGAGGGUAACAACAGCGUGUCAGGCUUUGGCUCGUUGUGGCAUACUAUCGUCAAUCUUCAAGCACUUUGGCAGCACUACGAGGCAUGCAUCAGUAAGUUUGACCACGACGACGUUAGCUACUUUGCAACAGCUGUCGAACUCGGCCUCUAG